ACUUAUCAUAAUUUUAGGUUAAAAUAUGGUUAUUUCAUAUCAAUUUCUCUGAUUAAUUUUAAAAAUGAGUAAAAAUCUCAUAAGUAAACUACAAAUAUAUCUUAUUUGUCAUUAUUUUUAACGUUCAUUUACUCUCUGCCUAUGUAUAAGGCAAAUAGUAAAUAGGUAAUAAGUAAAUUAAGGAAAAAAUCUUCACUUACCAAGCAAAAGUAUUUUUCAUAAGAGAUUACUCACACACCAGUAUUUCUACGUUUACAAUCUUCAAAAUGGACUUCUCUUGGACAAAAGAUUAUCCUGAAAUAUUAAAAGUAUGUACGUUAUUCGAUCUGCAAGAAUUAAGUGCCCCCUUUAACUACAAAUAUAGUCCCAUAAAAGGAAUUUUACAAAAUGGUCCACAGUGUGGACUUGUAGCAUUGGCAAUGUGUUCAGGCACUCCCUCAAAGGAAUUAGUUGAUGAACUGUUAAUUCAAGCAAGGAGUUUAUGCUACAGCUACAACGGAGAGAUAUUUAGUGCAAAAUAUUUAUAUGAACUUGCAAAGAUCAACCUUAGGAACGUGUCUAUCGAAUUAUAUGACGGACCACUCAAUACAAAUGUCGUAAAAGACUUUUUACUAGAUGGAGGAUUGAUUUUAGUCCCAUAUGACUGUGAUAAAAACCACACACCUGCUACUAAAAAUGGUCACAAAGCACAUUGGGCUGUGUUAAUUGGCAUCGUAGAGUCAAAUAAUGGAAGAGUAUAUGUCUUGGCUAGACAUGGGAAGUCUCAAAACGUUGCUGUAUGGGAUCUAGAAGAACUUGCAUUAAGCAAUUCUCAACUUAACGAAUACCCAAGGGAAGAAGGAAAGGAAUUCCGGGUACCAGAAACUGGUUUAGGCUCUCCUGAAGGAAUAAAAAAUAAAAGCCCGAGUAAAUUUAUAAGUCCGAUUUAA